UGCGACAUGAUUUCCUUCUUUCGGAUAGACGCCGACGUAAGAAGUAAACAAGCUAAUAGCAUGGUGACGUCUCUCCAAAAUGUAGUUAAAGUUUGACUUAUAGACAAAGACAAACAUAUUUUUACAUCGCAAGUUGUUUGUAUUUUUAAGGUGAAACAGACAAAAGUUGUGAAUGACUUUUCCUAGCAGCUGUUUUACCACAUAGACCCAGUAACGUCAGUGGACGGAGAGUAUCGGAGUAUCGAUGGAGCAGAAGCUGGCUGAGUUCAGAGCCAGGCGGCAGGCUGAGAAGAGUCAGAGUCCUGGUCCACAGAACAGAGAGCAGGAAGCAGCACAGACAGCUGUUCAGCCUGACACCACAGCAACAGCUCACAGUCCACAGCCAGAGGAGACAGAAAACAACCAACCUGCAACUCAAGGCUCUCAAAGCAGCGACCGCACAGACUGGCUGCUGGACAGCGCUCUAGGAAGGUGGCUGGCUUCGAGGCAGCUUGUCCUCUCAAACCUUACUUUGCUCAAAGUACUGCUGUGGCUGGUUCUGCUGGGUCUGUUUGUUGAACUGGAGUUUGGCCUGCCCUUCUUCGUCAUCUCUCUCUUCUACUGGCUCUAUGAAGGACUCCGCAGCCCUGCGCCCCGUCAACCUGGAGAAUUGAGCGCUUAUUCGGUCUUCAACCCAGACUGUCAGCCUUUGUUGGGCUCUCUUACCGCAGAGCAGCUGGAGGGAGAGAUGGGAUACAGGCCUCUGGCGAACAGAUGAAGUGCUUGUGAUUUGCACAUAUUUAUUAGAUAAUCAGAGAUUUUCUUCAUUUGACAAAUGCUAAUUUACUCAGGAAUUUACUGUAAUUUCUUUUUUCUCUUUUUUAAAAAAAACAUCUGUUUAACACAAUAAAUUAAGAUUGGCCUACUUACA